AUCCACGCACACGCGCGCGGGAAAAUGACAGUCAAGUUCGUGGGCAUCGUCUUCACACUUGUGCUCGUGCAUGAAGGAGCUCGCGCUGACCUCCUGGAUUAUGGUGACGAUGAUGAACAUCUCCACGACACCACUAUGGACCAGAUGCUGGUGCCCAGGUCUCACCAGGAGGAGGCGACGCUGAUCCUCAACAACCUGCUCAAGGAAUACGACAAAACACUGAGGCCCGACAUCGGAGUGAAACCGACGAUCAUCGACGUGGGAAUCUACGUGAACAGCAUCGGUCCUGUGUCGUCCAUUGACAUGGAAUAUCAGAUCGACAUCAUCUUCGCUCAGACCUGGGUGGACACGCGUCUGCGCUACAACAGCAGCAGCAUGAGGAUUCUCACCCUCAACAGUAACAUGGUGGGCCUGAUCUGGUUACCCGACACCAUCUUCAGGAAUUCCAAAACUGCCGAUUCUCACUGGAUUACGACGCCCAAUCAGCUGCUGCGGAUCUGGAAUAACGGGAAGAUACUCUACACUCUGAGGAUGACCAUCAAUGCAGAAUGCCAGCUGCAGCUCCAUAAUUUCCCGAUGGACGAACACUCCUGUCCUCUCGUCUUCUCCAGCUACGGUUACCCGCGAGACGAGAUCAUUUACAAGUGGAAGAGAAACUCUGUGGAGACGUCGGAUCAGAAAUACUGGAGGUUGUACCAGUUUGACUUCAUGGGCCUCAGGAACACCACGGACGUCCUCACCACCACGGCAGGUGACUACGUGUUGAUGACCGUGCACUUUGACCUCAGCAGAAGAAUGGGUUACUUCACCAUCCAGACGUACAUCCCCUGUAUCCUGACCGUGGUUCUGUCCUGGGUUUCCUUCUGGAUCAAGAGCGACGCCACGCCCGCCCGGACGGCGCUGGGUAUCACCACAGUGCUGACCAUGACCACGCUGAGCACCGUGGCCAGGAACUCGCUGCCCAGAGUCUCCUACGUCACCGCCAUGGACCUGUUCGUCACCGUCUGCUUCCUGUUUGUGUUCGCCGCCAUGAUCGAGUACGCCAUGCUCAACUAUUACUCGUACAUCCUACGCAGACCUCCUGCAAAGACCCAGAGGAUGGCCUACACGAGCUUCAACUCGGGUCGUAAUCCUCGCACCAUGAUGCCCAUGAGCAACUCCCUGUUCUGGCACGACUACGACGACAACUGCAUGUACGAGUGUUUGGACGGGAAAGACUGCAAGAGCUUCUUCUGCUGCUACGACGAGUGUAAAGAAGGCGGCUGGAGGAAAGGACGCGUCCACGUCAACAUCAGCGAGCUGGAUUCCUACUCCCGGGUUUUCUUUCCCACCUCCUUCCUGCUCUUUAACAUCGUCUACUGGGUCAGUUACCUCUACCUCUAGUGACCACGA